UGAAAAGAUGCUCAACAUCACUUAUCAAGAGGGAAAUGCAAAUCAAAACCACAAUGAGAUAUCAUCUCACACCUGUCAGAAUGGCUAAAGUCAAAAGCACAAGAGCCUUUCUCUCUUCCGGCCAUCUUGGAGGUUGCUUUUGGUUGGGUCCGUCCUGCACUUAAGGCAGGAAGAUGGUGGCCGCAAAGAAGAUGAAAAAGUCGCUGGAGCCCAACAGCUCUAGGCUCCAACUCAUUAUGAAAAGUGGGAAGUAUGUGUUGGGGUACAAGCAGACUCUGGAAAUGAUCCGACAUGGCAAAGUGAAACUGGUCAUCCUCGCCAACAACUGCCCAGCCUUGAGGAAAUCUGAAAUAGAAUAUUAUGCCAUGUUGGCCAAAACUGGUGUCCAUCACUACAGUGGCAAUACUAUUGAAUUGGGCACAGCAUGUGGGAAAUACUACAGAGUGUGCACACUGACUAUUAUUGAUCCAGGUGAUUCUGAUAUCAUUCGAAGCAUGCCAGAACAGACUGGUGAAAAGUAAAUCAAAUAAAAGUUUUCUUUAAUAAAAUUGGCUAGAGCUUGUUUUAAAA